CAUUGUGUUCUUUCUCCAAAACCACCACCUUUGGGUUGUGAGUGCUUCCUUCCCUCCUUUUUAUAUUCAUGCACAUGCCUUCAACCCAUCAUCUAAUCUUCCAUUUAUUCAAUUGCCUUCUCUCGUUGACUUCGUCUUCACACCACAAUGGCUUCUACCUUGUCUUACAUCUCUUUCAAUCCCUCAAUGCCAGUUUUCUCAGGCACCCAUUUCUCAGUUCCCAUGUGCAAAGACCUUUCACUGGAAAAUGUUUCACCUUUUGCCAGUUACGGAACCAGAAGAACCAAGUUUAGGAAGAAACUGGCGCUGGUCAAGGCUACGGUGGCAGAGGCAGCACCUGCUGCAUGGAAAAUUGUGGCUGAAAAUGGUACCCCUCAGAAAAAGAAGCUUAGAGUGCUUGUGGCUGGUGGAGGGAUUGGUGGGUUGGUUUUUGCUUUGGCUGCAAAGAGGAAAGGGUUUGAGGUGGUGGUGUUUGAGAGGGACUUGAGUGCUAUAAGAGGGGAGGGGCAGUACAGGGGUCCAAUUCAGAUACAAAGCAAUGCUUUGGCUGCUUGGGAAGCCAUAGAUUUGGAGGUUGCUGAUGAAGUUAUGAGAGUCGGUUGUAUCACGGGUGAUAGGAUCAAUGGCCUUGUGGAUGGGAUUUCUGGCUCUUGGUACAUCAAGUUUGAUACAUUCACUCCUGCAGCAGAGCGUGGGCUUCCAGUCACUAGAGUUAUUAGUCGAAUGGCUUUACAAGAAAUCCUUGCUCGUGCAGUUGGGGAAGACAUCAUUAUGAAUGGCAGUAAUGUUGUUAAUUUUGUUGAUCAUGGAAACAAGGUAACAGUGGAGCUGGAGAAUGGUCAGAAAUACGAAGGAGAUCUCUUGGUUGGAGCAGAUGGGAUCUGGUCCAAGGUGAGGAAUAAGUUAUUUGGUCAAACAGAAGCUACUUACUCUGGCUAUACUUGUUACACUGGUAUUGCAGAUUUUGUGCCUGCUGACAUUGAGUCUGUUGGGUACCGAGUAUUCUUAGGACAUAAACAAUACUUUGUAUCUUCAGAUGUUGGUGCCGGAAAGAUGCAAUGGUAUGCAUUUCACAAAGAACCUGCUGGUGGUGCUGAUAUCCCCAAUCGAAAAAAGGAAAGGCUACUUAAGAUAUUUGAGGGUUGGUGUGAUAACGUGAUUGAUUUGCUACUUGCCACAGAUGAAGAGGCGAUUCUUCGACGAGACAUAUAUGAUAGGAUGCCAUCAUUUACAUGGGGAAAGGGCCGUGUCACCUUGCUUGGUGAUUCCAUCCAUGCCAUGCAGCCAAAUAUGGGCCAAGGAGGAUGCAUGGCUAUUGAGGACGGUUAUCAACUUGCACUGGAGUUGGACAAUGCAUGGCAACGAAGCAUAAAUUCAGGCUCUUCAAUUGACAUUGAUUCUUCCUUAAAGAGCUAUGAGAAAGAGAGGAGAUUACGAGUUGCCAUUAUUCAUGGAAUGGCUAGAAUGGCAGCUUCAAUGGCUUCCACCUACAGGGCAUAUCUGGGUGUUGGUCUUGGGCCAUUAGAGUUUUUGACCAAGUUUCGGAUACCACAUCCUGGAAGAGUGGGAGGAAGGUUUUUUAUUGACAAGUUGAUGCCUUCAAUGUUGAACUGGGUCUUAGGUGGCAAUAGCUCCAAACUUGAAGGCAGACCAGUAUGUUGCAGGCUCUCAGACAAAGCGAACAACCAGCUGCAGAGAUGGUUUGAAGACGAUGAUGCUCUUGAGCGUGCCAUUAAUGGAGAGUGGAUUUUAUCACCAUGUGGAGAUGAAGCAGGUCCUUCAAAACCUAUAUGUCUAACUCAAGAUGAGAUGAAACCCUGCAUAAUCGGGAGCACCCAGCAAAAAGAUCACCCUGGCAGUUCAAUUAUAAUUCCUUUACCCAAGGUUUCUCAAGUGCAUGCUCGAAUUAACUAUAAGGAUGGCGCCUUCUUCUUGACUGAUUUGCGGAGUCAAUAUGGCACUUGGAUCACUGACAAUGAAAGAAGGAGGUACAGGGUACCUUCAAAUUACCCUGCUCGCAUUCGUCCAUCUGAUGUGAUUGAGUUUGGUUCUGAUAAGGCCUCAUAUCGGGUUAAGGUGACAAGAUCUGCUACAAUAGAAUCUACAAAGGAAGGGACACAUUUUUUUGGGAAAGUAUGAUUAUGAUUCUAUUCAGUCACACUUUGUCUUGUAAGUUACAGAAAAGUUGUACAGCAAAAAAAUGAGAGCCGUAGAGUCAACAUCUGCCUUCUUCGAGUGCAGGGUAUUAUACAACAAUGCCAAUCAUUUAGGAUCAUAACAUUUUAUACAAACUUCUGAUUGUGAUUUACAGAAUACAAUUGAACACUUACUGCUUAUACAUUCAAGAAAGGAAAAUUGAAUUUAUGUCUCCAAUCUCUUCUUUGUAACUUUACUUGUUUUGGACUGAGCCCCUUUUACUUGAAGGGCUUAGCCAAAUUCAUGACAGGUCUUUAUAUGGCUAGUUGAUUGUACUUAUAGCAUGGAUAGUGUUCAUAUGUUGCAAUCUAAAUUUGUUGGCAAUGUUUUAGUUUC